ACUUCAAAAAAUCCAAUAAAUCUAACAUUAAUUAUCCACUAUGGUGUUACUUCAUACGAACAAUGUGCGACAACCCAAUAAAACCCAUAAAAAGUAGAGUAUAAAACUUGAAAAACACAUAAAAACUUGUAAAAGAAAUCUUGCACGGGAUGAUCAAUUGUUGUAAACAGACAGAUUAAAAACAUAGUUCUCAGCUUAUUUCCAGAUGUCUGAAUGGUUAAGAGAUUUGCCUCUGAAUGGUUAAGUAUUAUACAGAGUCUGAAUGGUUAAGACCUCUUAUCUGAAUUGAUCAGACAUUUGCCUCUGAAUAGUUAAGCAAUAUACUAGCUCUUAAUGGAGUUUGGAGACACUCGAAGCUCUCCUUGUGAUACUUGUUCGUAUCAACUGGUGCUUUCAUUGCCCUCGUCAUGUCUCAAGAAGCCGGACGCGAUGAUGAGGUGGCCGCACUCAAGAAAUCCGUCAACCAAAUGCAGCAGGAUUUGGAGCAACGUUUUGCUCGAUUGGAGGCGUUAAUUUUGGCCAGUAGCAGCAGCCACUCGGAUACGCCGCCUGAUUUCUCAUGGCCUGGUGGGUCUCGGGGACCUCCAUUGGACGGCGAUUCGGGAACGAAGAAUGGUGGGUAUGCGCCUCGACCAAAGUUGGAAUCACCUAAAUGUGAUGGGUCAGACCCUCUCCGCUGGCUUUACAAGGUUAAGGAGUAUUUUUCUUUUUACGCCACACCCCCCGAAGAGCGGCUCCGUUGUGUAGCCCUCAUGUUGGAAGGCGCGGCUGCCGAUUGGUUUCAAUGGCGUUCAACGAAUGGUUUGCUAAACGGCUGGGAUGAUUAUGUUACUAAGUUCCGUCAGCGCUUCGACCCUUUACAUUAUGUGGAUUACUUCGGCCAAUUGGCCAAAGUACCCUCACUAGAUGUUGAAGUGUGGACUCUACUUUUAAAAUGCCAAUUGAACACCUCUCUCAACAUCUGAAUCUUUCAAUAAUGGCAUCUCAUAUUG